GUGCAGCAGCUCGGAGCCCUCCUGCUCAGCUGCUUUCUGUGAUGCUCGACCUCCACUGAGCCAGACCCCUCUGUCAGGGCCCUCAGCUGCAGAUAUGGUUUGGUUUCUGUGUGUGUGUGUGUUUUUGGUCGUGGGUCUGGCACUCUUAGCCCUGCAUUUGAAACUCAGGAGGAAGUCUGUGCACGGCCUGCAGGAGCCCCCUGGACUUCCAGCUCUACCACUCAUCGGCAGUCUUCUGAGUUUACGGAGCCCACAUCCUCCUCAUGUGCUCUUCAAAGAACUGCAGCAGAAAUAUGGACAGACAUACUCCCUGAUGUUGGGCUCUCAUCGUGUCAUCAUCGUCAACCAUCACACACACGCCAAGGAAGUGUUAAUGAAGAAGGGGAAGAUAUUUGCAGGAAGACCCAGAACAGUAACCACAGAUAUCCUGACCAGAGAUGGGAAGGACAUUGCAUUUGGAGACUACAGCUCUACCUGGAGGUUCCACAGGAAGAUUGUGCAUGGAGCUCUGUGCAUGUUUGGAGAGGGCUCUGCUGCCAUUGAGAAGAUCGUCUGUGCAGAGGCUCAGUCUCUGUGCUCCAUCCUGUCUGAGGCGUCAGCGUCUGGACUGGCCCUGGAUCUGUCUCCUGAGCUGACUCGAGCCGUCACCAACGUCAUCUGCGCGCUCUGCUUCAACUCCUCCUACCAGCGGGGAGACCCAGAGUUUGAGGCCAUGCUGAGCUACAGCCAAGGCAUCGUGGACACAGUGGCAAAGGACAGCCUGGUGGACAUCUUCCCCUGGUUACAGAUUUUCCCAAACGCAGACCUUCACCUCCUCCGACAGUGUGUUGGAGUCAGAGACCAACUUCUACAGAAUCAAUAUGAUAAACACAAGGCAGACUACAGUGACCACGUGCAGAGAGACCUCCUGGAUGCUCUUUUGAGAGCCAAGCGUAGCGCAGAGAACAACAACAGCGCAGAGAUCAGUGCAGACUCAGUGGGCCUCAGUGACGACCACCUCCUCAUGACCGUGGGAGACAUCUUUGGAGCCGGAGUGGAAACCACCAGCACCGUGCUCAAAUGGGCCGUCGCAUACCUCAUCCACUACCCACAGGUGCAGAGACAUAUCCAGGAGGAGCUGGACACUAAAGUGGGGUUGGACCGGGCCCCUCAGCUCAGUGACAGAGGCAGCCUGCCCUACCUGGAGGCCACCAUCAGGGAGGUGUUAAGGAUCCGCCCUGUGGCCCCUCUGUUCAUCCCUCAUAUGGCCCUCAGUGACAGCAGCAUCGGAGAUUUCUCUGUGAGGAAAGGAACUCGAGUCAUCAUCAACCUGUGGUCUCUGCAUCACGAUGAAAAGGAAUGGAAAAACCCAGAACUCUUCGACCCUGGUCGGUUCUUGAACAGUGAAGGCACUGGUCUGAUCAUCCCCUCGGCCAGCUACCUUCCAUUCGGUGCCGGGGUCAGGGUGUGUCUCGGUGAGGCCUUGGCCAAGAUGGAGCUCUUCCUCUUCUUGUCCUGCAUCCUUCAGCGCUUCACCCUCACUGUCCCAGCAGGCCAUCCUCUGCCCAGUCUGGAGGGCAAGUUUGGUGUGGUCCUCCAGCCGGCCAAGUACAAAGUGAACACCACACCCAGACCGGGCUGGGAGAGGAACAAUCAGCCGUGCUGAGACUGUCCCCGUGCUGUCAACUGCAAUGCAUCUUAGUGGUGACCAGAGAGUCAAACACAGCAUGGAUCCCUGAACUGAACUUAUCACUCUAUGAACACAGGACUUUGUUAUUAUUGCUUCACACUGUAUCUCUCCCAGAUCUCCCUGCUACCAUUAGAUAGAAAAACAGCACUGAGCAGCAGUGAGAGGAAGGGUUGGAAAGGGAAUGCAUUUUAAGAUGAUGUUAAAAAGAAAGUGAGUGUUAGAAUUUGUAGAUUUGUUAAACUGUCUUGUUUCACCUCAUCACGCUUGGAAUAAAUUAAGAGGCACACAGUGGCUCACAGCAUGAAUGUAACUGAA